CAUCUCUCAUGAUUUUAGCAACUGUUUUUAAUUUUCCUUUUCCAAGCGACUGAAUGGCUUUUUCUCUCAUUUCAUUUAUCUGGAUUGUGUUUUUGCCACCAUUCAGUGCAUGUUUCGAUAACCUUCAGAAUCGAUUCUGACAGCUAAAAUCAUGGUGUGUGUGACCGUGAAAAAAUCAGAAGCAACAAAGGGUUGCUUCAGUGUGACCGUGGAAAAGAAAAUUGAUUUUGCUUCACCGUGCUGCGUAUCCAAACACACAGUGAGUCCUCUGGCUUGAGCUGACACACUCUUUGCAUUCAGCAAAUUAACGUAACAUGUUCCCCACCGUGUUUCCGGAUUCAUAUCACGUGGGGGUUCUGAUAUUUUUGUAGUUUCUUUGCUGUCCUGGUACCUCUCCCUUCAACUUCUUCUUCUUCUUCUUCUUCUUCUUCUUCUUCUUCUUCUUCUUCUUCUUCUUCUUCUUCUUCUUCUCUCUCUCUCUCUCUCUCUCUCUCUCUCUCUCUCUCUCUCUCUCUCUCUCUCUCUCUUUAACUCUCCUUGUCUUUUUUUUCAAGUUAUUUUGGUUUCUCAUCAAUUAAGAAACUCACCUAAAAAUAUAGAAGAAAAGAAACAACGAAAACUGUGUUUUGCUUUUCUAUCUUUUCUUUUCCCUUGUUGUUGCGGCUCUCGUGCACCUUGCACACUGCACAGUGCUUUUUUUUUUUAUGAAGACUUUUAAGUGGUUAUUGCUAUCGGUUCAUAUUUGUUAACCUUCUUCUCUGCUGAAGCUUUAUCUGUGCAACUUGACAUUCUGAUGCUGUUGAGACACUGUUGAACUUGGGUUGUUUUGUUUGGAUUCUCUUGCACUCUGAUCCUUGUUGUGUGUGUGUGUGUGUGUUAUGGAUUCUUGGAGCUAUGUUGCUGAGGAUAAAGGGUAUGUCUCCAAUGCGGCACUAUCACCUUCCAACACACUUGGGUGAAGCAAAGGUUUAUUUUUGGGCUGGGAACUGAAAACCCCACGUAGUUAUUCCAAUGACAUGUUGGGUUUGGGACAGCAAAAUGUUGAGGAUCAUCAUCAAGGUUUUGGGGAGUUGGGUUUUCCAGGAAUGUUGGGGAAGCAGUUGUGUGGUGGUGAUCCUAAUCCUAUUGGUGCUGUUCAGAGCAGAAAGGUGGAUGAUGUUGUUGACUGCAGAAUCACUAGUCCUAGUCCUGUUGUGGCUGCCCCAAAUGGAUUUUCCUAAAGGGAGGACUUCAAUUCCAAGCUUUCGAACUCUCUUGGGGACUCCAAUGGUGGCAAUUCACUCAUUGAUCUGAAGCUUGGUAGGUUUGAUGACCAUGGAGAUGCCAUGGUUCCAACAUUUUCCAAGGGAGCCCCCAUUUUGUCUUUGUUGGAGUCGUCCACGCCGCCGAAGAGGGUGAGAGCUUUGGGGGCACAUUCUCAGACUGCUUACUGCCAAGUCUAUGGCUGUAACAAGGAUCUGAGUGGCUGCAAAGACUACCACAAGGGGCACAAAGUUUGUGAGGUUCACUCCAAGACUUACAAAGUUAUAGUGAAUGGCAUUGAACAAAGGUUUUGCCAGCAAUGUAGUAGGUGUAGGUUUCAUUUGCUGGCUGAAUUUGAUGAUGGUAAGCGUAGCUGUCGUAAAUGCCUUGCAGGCCACAAUGAGCGUCGAAGAAAACCACAAGUGGGUAUUCACUCUGGAAAAGCUGGGAGGUUGCUUCAGCUAUAUCCUGAUAGCAGAUUCCAGGAGACCAUGCUAACAUCAUCUUUUAUCUGCCAAGAGAUACUCCCCAGUGGAGUCUUGUCUUAUGAGAAAUACGAAGCGAGUGACUGGAGACCUAUCAAAGCCUGUGAAAAACAAGUUCCAUUGCUUCACAAAAAUGGUGCUACGUCUGCCACAGGAAACGUCUUCUCUGAAAACAAUAAUCAAUAUCAUCCACCUUCCCUUGGUGGCCAAAGUUCCGGGUCACAAUCACUAUUCCAGGACACCUCCUUAGGAAGCGAGGACUUCAAUGUUUUCAACACAGAAUCAGCGAGCCAAUCAUCAGGGAUUCCCAUGGCUCGCCCGAUGGUUAUUCCAAGCAGCCAUAGCCAUUACAGCAUGAAUCAGGUUUCUGAAAAGAUGAUGGGAAUAAGUUCUCAGGCUUCAAAUAGAGUGUUUGAUAGGUUUCCACCUGAAUUCAAUCCUGUAGAUGGACGUCAUCUUAGACCCAUAUUGAUAUCAGACAAUAAUGAAAUUUUCAAUUUUGAAAUGGCAGAUGGGAUCUUCCAAGGGUCGGAUUUUGUGAAUGUGAAAGAUCGUCUUUCCUGUGAAGACGGCCUCACCUUUGACUCGCUUCAACUAUCAUCUCAACUGCAGCGCGUCGAGCAACAGAGGCAGUUCUUGCAGGUGAAACAAGAAAAUGACUCUUCCUGCUCUCUGCGGAUUACUUAAGAUGCUUUCAAGUUUAAAGAGGAACAACUUGUGUUUGUGCAAUAUGUUGUGACAGACUCCAAUGCCGGUCAUUCAAUUCCUUAACAAUGUAGGGCACAGUGGGGAGAAGCUUAAGAUGGUGAUUGGUAUCUGCUGCUAACUAGUUUACAUGGUUUU